AUGCAGGCAGCUCCGACAUUCAGAGGCGUUGUUCUUGUGCAGGGCCAUUCCAGCCGCACGGCUGUACAUUUUGCUGAGCGCGUCCUCCAGCAAAUCAAACACAUACGGAAUCUUGAUAUUUCGCUCGAAACUCCCAAAGUUCCUCUAGCGAAGGAAGAGCUCGUCAACAGCACUGGGGGGCGACAACAGGCUUCCAGUAAAUUGCUCACCCGCCAGAUCCUAGUCAUUGACCAAAAUGCAACCUUGGAAACAUCGGGCAAGACAUGUGAGAUUAAGAACCAACCGUUGAUAGUGUUGGGAACUUCUUCACAGCGUCAUAUCAACGACCAAGGCUCAAGACAGGAUUCUGAGGUUGAUCUUAGCGCAACAGACCCAAUCACAUGGGUCAAAGGGCUUGCCACACUCCUUUGCGGUGUCUUGAACCUGCAAGCUGAAGGGGAAGCCUUGAUAAAUGCGUUGCGACGCACGACAGAUCCAGUGGAGCUCAUAGGCUCAAAUAUGACGCCGAUCACGAGGGGCGGUUUGACAUCAAUUGAUGCUUUCUGCGACGAAGUACUUGACCAGUACUCACGAUUUUUGGAAGCCGUCAAUUCAUCCUUGCGAGCGAAUGCCAUUUCUUCCGAGCCCGUUGCUAAACCGCUAUACCCCCACCGCCCGUUAUCUCUGGUUGAAAAGAUUCUAACCCAUCAUGCCGUUGGUCUGGAAAAGCCAGAAGUGUGUCCUGGAGACAUGAUAUGCGUCUCCGUAGACUGGACUUUGACUUCAGAACUCCUCUGGGCUGGAAUGGACAAGACAUAUACUGCAAUGAAUCGUCCCCGCCUUCAUCGGAACGAUCGGGUUUGGUUAGCUGUAGACCAUACAGUGGACCCACGAACCAAUCAUCAAUCCCGCCAAAGAGGGUUGAUUGACAAGGCUGAACGAUUUCGCGAUGAGGCCAAGAUUAUUGAUUUUCUGCCAGCCAACACUAGCAUUAUGCACACAGACUUCACGAGAGAUCGAGCACAGCCCGGAUAUUUAGUGAUAGGCAGCGACUCUCACACUUGCUCUGCGGGCAGCAUGGGCGCAUUUGCUGUCGGAUUCGGUGCCGCUGAUGUGGUGAUGCCACUAGUCACGGGGGAAACUUGGUUUCGAGUUCCGGAAGUGUGCCGCAUCAACUUUGUAGGGAAGUUGCCAUAUGGCAUCUCGGGGAAGGACGUCAUCCUAUACAUUCUCGGGCAAUUUAAGCGCAACACAAUCGCCUUCCAACGCGCAGUGGAAUAUGGCGGACCUGGUCUAAUCGAGCUGAGCAUGGAUGCACGAUUCGCUAUCGCAAACAUGACCACUGAAUUUGGUGGCAUGGGCGCCUGCUUCGAGAGCGACGAGCGGACCGCCGCCUGGCUCGCAAGCCGAAGACUCCCAAAAGACAAAAACCGGCCGCUCUACUUUAAGCCUGAUCCCGAUGCGCGAUACGCUGAGACCCGAACGAUAGAUCUAUCAGAAGUACAGGCAACAGUCGCGUUAUAUCCAAACCCAGAUGAUGUGGUCCCUAUCGACAGAAAGGCAGGCAUGAAGCUCGAUGGCUGCUUCAUCGGCGCCUGUACAACCACCGAGGAAGAACUGAUCUUGGCCGGACUGGUUCUGGAAGUUGGUCUAGCCACCGGCUUAAGACCUACAUCACGAGGAAAACGGAGAGUCACUCCCGGUUCCUUGACCAUAACUCGAAAACUUGAGACAUUGGGCCUCACCGAAGUUUACAAACAAGCUGGUUUUGAGAUUGGGGCGCCGAGUUGUUCGUACUGCGUGGGGAUCAACGACGUGGAUGUCGCUCAACCUGGCGAGGUGUGGUUGUCUUCGCAGAAUCGAAAUUUCCGUAACCGCAUGGGCCCCGGGAGCAUCGGAAAUGUGACUAGUGCAGCGGCUGUCGCCGCAUCCAGCUUCGAUAUGGAGGUGAGGAAUCCUGGGCCUCUCCUAGCCAUGAUAGACACAAAGAGGUAUCAAUCACUGUUCGGGAAAGCUCAAGCAGUACCAAAAUUGUCCCCGCAAUACCGAGAACCCGCUUCACGACGGCAGUCGCCCUUAGCCACCACAAAUUCAAAGAACAUUCCGGCAACGACAAGCGUACGGCUAGGAGACGACUUGAUCAAAGGAAUGGUACAGAGAUUUGGAACCAAUGUUGACACAGACGCCAUAAUCCCUGCUCAAUUUAUGCCAGGCAUCAACGAUGCUGACCUUGGGAGUCAUUGUUUCGAACACGUCCGACCAGAUUUCCGUAACAAGGUUGCAAAUGGCGCUACAGUUGUUGUUGCUGAGCAUGGCUUUGGCAGUGGCUCCUCCAGGGAGGAUGCUGUGCGAGCUUUGAAAGGUUCAGGAGUUCAGAUGAUUAUUGCGAAAAGUUUCGCAUUUAUUUAUGAACGAAACCAGCUCAAUAUGGGCUUGUUCAACGCUCGAAUAUCUGAUGAUGACUUCUAUCAACAUGCAAAUGAGGGCGCGGUGCUCACGGUCGACAAAGCAGCAAGGACAUUAAGGAUAGCCGGAGCCGAUAAGACCUGGAAAUAUGAGCAUACCGCUAUCGAAGCCGAGCUUCUGGGGGCUGGCGGCGUAUUGUCCCUGUACCACUUGUACGGCAACUCAUUAUUCCGUGAGCUGACACGCUCACGGCAAAUCCCUGAGUACCACUCCAGGACGAUCAAAGACUUUACAUCGGUGGAGCUUUCGAGAAAACCACAGGCAGCAUUGGCAUGGUAA